AUGGAGAGUCUUCCGGGAGCGGAGAGCCUCAUCCACGGAUCGCUGCCGGAUGCGAACCAGAUUUCAACCUCGACUUCAGUGCGACAGGACUCUGGUUCCGAGUUCUCCCACCUCUCGUCUUCACUCGUUCAGAAACGCUCAUCAUUGCCUCCUCGUGCUGCUCACCCUACCCGUCAUGCCAAACGCCUUACUCUGAAUUUCCCCGUCAAUCUGAACGAUCCUGAGCCCACACGCGAUUCCACCGUUGCCUCGCCUGGCGCUAUAACCCCCGUCGCACAGUCGUCGACACGACCAUCCCCCGCACAGGCUCCUGGAACACAAAUGGCAUUUGAUGUUCCAGAUGAUGGCUACGAUUUCCUGCGGGCCAUCGCCUCGCAGGAGCGGAAGGUCAUGGAGCUUCGUGAGGAGCUCACGCGGGCGGAAGCUGAAUUGGUGACGAUCAAGAAACAAUGGGCACAGUCUGAAAAGUCUAGGAAGCGGGCGGAGAUCAACCACGUCGAGCCUCUGGUGCCACUGCGAUCGCCUGAAUUCUCAACACCCGAUCCUUCGAGUUUACAUGGCCGGGACAAGAGCAUGAGCUCGGCGAGCUCUACAGUGUCGCAAGAACGGAUCAGCCGGGAGCUUGACCGGCGGUCUAGUGUUCGUGCUGCCGUACCAGGAACCAAAAUUGGGACCAAUGGUCGGCGAGUAUUUCAUGGCACACACACACGGACGCUCUCUCUUCUCUCGCCUGUUACAGGUCCCAUCUCCUCCCGUGGAGAGGCAGGUCCCUCAGAGGCUGAUCGGGUGGGGCGCACUCCCCGUUCAGCGACACUACCAUCCGUCGAGCGCAAUAAUGCAGCUACAAUGAGUUCACAAAUGGAUGAGAGCCAGGUACCCGAACAUUUACUCGCCCAAUGGCGGAAUACAUUGCCUCCCCCUUCACGGGAGGCCUUGGUGCGCACAGGCAAGCAGAUGGCAUCCGACCUCCGUGAAGGUCUUUGGACAUUCUUGGAAGACAUCCGACAGGCUACGGUGGGCGAAGAAGGAAUCAGCGGAACACAAACACGAAACAUGUCACCAUCCAACUCGUUGGCACCGCCCAAUGGUCGCAAACGGGAUUCAUUGGCGAAAUCUCGAAGUCGAGAACGGUUGCUAGCGGACGGGAAGCUAUCACGAUCAUCGUCAUCAUCGUCUUCGCGGGGGAGGGGGCCAGCGGCCGAGACAAAAACUGGUAAAGACACCAAGCCGGCGGAAAUUUCCACAUCCUUCUGGAACGAAUUCGGCAUUGAUACACCCGCUCAGAAGUCUCCCAUCGCUCCACGCACCCCCUCCGACAGCAAAGCCACCCGAAACGAGGCGACCGAAGCCGAACAGCGCGACCACCGCCCCAAUGAGUCACUCGAUGCGGAAACCGAAGAUCUCGACAACUGGGAUAGCUGGGAAACGCCCCUAUCUGGCCAGAAGACGCACACGCCCUCAUCAAGUCGAUCGACAGUUGAUACCAAACAUGAUAGGUCGCCCGCCACCCAGGGUAGCAGCCCUCGAACCAGCGCUAGCUUUGGCGAUUGGAACCCGACCCCCAGUGCUCUCGAACAUAACAUCUCUGAAGGCAUCCCUUGGCCUGCAAUUACCAAGUUGGCUCCCUCUAAGCUUCAGCGCACUGCGUCCAACUUGAUGGCAGAGUGGGAGCGCUCACUGUCGCCUUCCCCUGAGCGACAUGCUUCUCCUUCGCCCAGUCGCAAGGACAGCAAGAAAGACUAA